GCUCUGGAGCAGGCGCUUUGACGUCGGAACGCUGGUGUCCGUCGCGAGCCUGAACUCGAACUGCAGCCGUUAUGUCCGGGAAGGAGGAUAGUGAUAUGGCCACGAAGAGCAUAUUUGAACGUGGUCCAAAGAAGAGACAAGUGAAAACACUAGCAACAUCUCUCUUGGAAGCUCUAGAUUAUGACAGCUCAGAUGACAGUGAUUUUGAAGUUGGAGAUGCUUCAGAUUCUGAUGGGAGUGGAGAGAGUGCUGGGAAGGACAGUGAAGAAGCCUCAGAGAGUGAAGGUGGACAAAAUGGCAGUGAAGAGGACUCUGAACAGGAGAAAAAGGAUACUUCUGAUGCUAAUAUAGAAGUUGAAUGCAAGAAUGAUCAGCCAGAAGAACCUGAUUGUGAUACCAAAGAACAAACUGAAAACAAAACUAAGAAGAAAACUAAGGAAACAGUGGAUGAUCCUGGGCCAGAUGAAUCAAAUGAUGGACAAAAGAAAUGGAAUUUACGUAAAAAGAGAACAAUGUUGGACAUGAUAUCGGUGGAAGAGUUGAAUGGUUUUGAUGAUUAUGAUAGUGAAGAUGAUAAUGACUGGCGACCUGGUAGUGGAAAGAAAAAAGGGAAAGGUGUAAAUGAUGAUGGUGAUGAGGGUGGUGGUGAGGAUGAUGAUAUCAGUGACAGUGAAGAUGGCAAUCCUGAUGAUGAGGAAGACACCAGCAGUGCCAGUGAAGAUGAUAAGCGAAUUAGAAGAAAAAAUAGAUCUUCUAGUCAAAAAGCUGCCAAGACUGAAGGAACAAGUGAUGGCUUUGUUUUGACACAGAAUAAGAAUUAUGAGGACUCCUUUUUAAUAGACAAAGAACAAAACUUCAGUUCUCAGAAAAUGGACUUUGUGCAGAUAUGCUGUGUAUGUCUGGGAGAUAACAGUGAAGAUGCGGAUGAAAUUGUUCAGUGUGACAAUUGUGGAGUGACUGUACAUGAAGGUUGCUAUGGUGUUGAUGGUGAAAGUGAUUCCAUUAUGAGUUCCGCCUCUGAAAACUCAACGGAACCCUGGUUCUGUGAUGCUUGUAAAUGUGGAGCAACACCAAGUUGUGAGUUGUGUCCUAAUAUGGAUGGAAUUUUUAAAGAAACGGAUGCUGGAAGGUGGGUUCAUGUUGUGUGUGCCCUUUAUGUCCCUGGUGUGGCAUUUGGAGAUAUAGACAGACUUCGUCCUGUUACUCUUACAGAAAUGAACUAUUCAAAAUAUGGUGCCAAGGAGUGUAGUUUAUGUGAAGACAUGCGAUUUGCUCGAACUGGAGUGUGCGUAAGCUGUGAUGCUGGUAUGUGCAGAGCAUAUUUCCACGUGACUUGUGCUCAAAGAGAAGGGCUACUUUCCGAAGCAGCUGCUGAAGAGGAUAUAGCAGAUCCAUUUUUUGCAUAUUGCAAACAACAUGCUGACAAGUUUGACAGAAAAUGGAAGCGAAAGAACUAUUUGGCUUUGCAAUCAUACUGUAAAAUGACUUUGCAGGAGCGAGACAAACAUGUUACCCCCGAAGCACAGGCUCGUAUUACUACAAGACUGCAGCAAUAUCGCGCUAAAGUGGAGUUAGCUCGCAGCACCAAACCCAAUGCUUGGGUUCCUAGGGAAAAACUGCCACGGCCACUCACCAGCAGCGCUUCAGUGAUACGCAAGCUUAUGCGGAAAGCUGAAUUGAUGGGAAUUAGCACAGACAUUUUCCCUGUAGAUACGCUUGAUACCAACUCCAGUGUCGACGGCAGGAGAAAGCACAAACAACCAGCGUUGACUGCUGACUUUGUGAAUUAUUAUCUUGAGAGGAACAUGCGCAUGAUGCAAAUACAAGAAAAUAUUUGUGAACAAAAGAACUUAAAAGAUAAACUUCAAAAUGAACAGGAAUCACUUCAUGUAGAAUACAAUAAGUUGUUUGAAUCUCUAGAAAAUCUGAGAAAUAUGAAUGGAAAACUGCGUCGAGAAGGUCAAACGCUAUGGAGUACGCUUAGCAACAUUGCAGGGCAGAAAUUAAAUUUCCCUCUGAUCUUGCGUACACCUAAGGAGCGACGACCAAGUAAGAAAGAUGGGGGAGCUUUGAAAUCAGUUGCACCUCCGGCUGUACUGUACAGUUGUGGGAUUUGUAAGAAGAAUCAUGACCAGCACCUCCUAGUUCUGUGUGACACUUGUAAACUGUACUACCAUCUUGGUUGCUUGGACCCACCCCUUACUAGGAUGCCCAAGAAAACCAAAAACAGUUACUGGCAGUGCUCAGAAUGUGACCAAGCAGGUAGUAGUGAUUUAGAAGCAGACAUCACCAUGGAAACUUUACCAGAUGGGACCAAGAGAUCAAGGAGGCAGAUUAAGGAGCCUGUGAAAUUCACUCCUUUGGAUAUUGUGAUUGAACCAAAGAAGAUAAUGAACAAAAAUAUGAGGAGUAGAGGUCAGAAACGAAAAAGGGGAACCAGCUCCGAUGGAGAAAAAACUGAGGAGCCAAUUCCUCCUCGAUCCAGAAGACGACGACAGACCUCACUGCUGAAAAGACCAAAAUCAGAAGAUUUGAGAACAGAAUGUGCUACAUGCAAAAGCCCUGGAGAUAACGAAAAUUUGGUCAGAAGCCAAAUACACCUAAAGUCAUAUCAGGAGUGACAAGGCUGGACAAGGGAGAAUUGCAGAGGUCAGGAAGAACAUCACCCUUCAGGGUUGCAGACCCUGCUCCUUAGUGAAAAACCUCAUCUGCCUGCAGUCCAUGAGCCCCACAGACACUCAGGUGACUGGCAAAGCUGGAAGCACCUCCAUAGUUUGUCUGUCCUCAGUGCAAACAUGAUCUCCGCAUGUGGCAAGAUCACAGACAAUUUUGUGAAUUUGGGACAGGGUGUAUAAGUUCUUUGUAAGUUCUAAUAUAACAAGUUAAUUCUGCAAUAACUUUAUAUUUGUGAAUAAAUCCAUUCCCUUUAUAACCUACUUGUCUUCUGAGAGUACUGUAUCCUGGUAAGGUUCUAUCGUGGCUUGUUUUCUGUCUGUAAGCUAGAAUUAGCAUUCAAUAGAAAAUGUUAUUGGAGGAAUGAAACUCUACACUGUUUGCUAUAUGGCUUGUUUUCAUGGGUCUGAAAAGUAAAUUGUGAACUGAACAUGAUUUUUCUCUCUCACAUCAGUUAUAGAACGCUGCUAUUCGCUUGUAAUUUAAAAAAGGCAAAUCUUGGGGAACAAUUCAGGUUAGAUAGCAUCUGUAUGCAGAAAGAAUCUCUGUAGAGAAAGGAUUAUAAUUAACAUUAUGGUUUGUAAUCUUUGUUAGAGAUGUUCUGCAGAAUUAUUUGGACUUGAAAUGUUAGCUGUUAUCCUCUCCGUGGAUGCUGCUCAACCUGCUGAGUUUCAGCACUUUGUUUUUAUUUAAGGUUAGAAAUGUAAUAGAUUUUGAGCAAGACAUGCUGGACCAAGGACAAAAAGGUCUGCUAAGAUGGAGUACAGGAGAGAUUAUAUGUCAGGAUAGUUAGUUAUUUGGGCCAAAGAGAGUGGUGAUGGCAAGAAAAGGAACAAAAGGUGUGCCUGAAUCAGUAAUGUUGAGGGGGGAAGAAAUAAAUUGCACCGAAGAAAAUGAAACAGAGAAAUUUACAGCGUGAAAUAGUUUAACCACGUGUUGAGUCUAGAAGGCCUUAAAGUGCAUAAUUGGGAAAUGAAGUCCUAUUCGUGAAGUUUGCUUUAAUCCUCCCUGUAGCAUUGCAGCAAGCCAAGGUCAGAUAUGUCAGCAUGACAGCAAGGUGAACAAUUAAAAUGUCAAGACUAAAAGCUGUAUCCUACAUGUGGAACGGAGGUAUUCUAUAAAACAAUCAUCCAACCUGCUUUUGAAAAAGUCUCCCUAUUGUAGAGCGGACAGAAUCGCGGUUGUUCUGGCACGUAAGGAAGUCAUUCAGACCACUGUGCUCCAGCUUUUCAAACAAGCAUCAUUACCUAGUAUCAAUCUCCUGCCUUUUCCUUGGACCUUUUUGAAUGAUUAUUUGAAUAGAAAUGGUGUAAUGCCCUCUUGAAUACUUCAAUCGAACUGGCCUACAUUACAUUUCCAGGAAGUGCAUUCCACACAAUAAUUACUUGCUGUGUGAAAAAGUUUUUUCUUAAAUCAUCGUUGCUUCUUUUGUACAUCACUUUAAAUCUAUGUCCCUUCAUUCUUCUUCCUUGUUAUGAGUGGAAACCGUUCUACCUGUCUCCCUUCUGAAGAGAGCAUGGAUUGGUUAGGACUAUGUUCAUUGGAGCUUAAAAGACUGAGGAUGAGGGGAGGAAAUGUACAAAAUUCUAGUGGGAUUGUUGAUAAGGAUGACCAGUGAGUCCAAAAUCAGGGAUCUCAGUCACCCCCAUCCCAGGCCCUAAGAAAACCUUCGACAUCAAAUAGACGUUCACUUGCACAUCUGUUCAUGUGAUAUACUGUAUCCACUGUUCCUGUUGUGGCCUCCUGUACAUCAGGGAAACCAAGCGGAGGCUUGGGAACCGCUUUGCGGAACACAUAAAGAUGCAGGAACAGCAUCUCGUAUUUCGUUUUGAUACCCUUGCGCUACAGGGUUCCUAUGUGGACUUCACAAGCUUCAAAAUCUCCCCUCCCCCAACCACAGCCCAAAACCAGCCCAGCCAGCCCCCGCCUCCCUAACCAUUCCUCCCACCUCAAGCCCCAGUUCC